AUGCGGUCGUUCACCCCUCUUGUUCUGAGCCUUCUAGGCGCUACUGCGGCGGUCUCCGCUGCUGAGCCCGCGGCCGAUGCUGCCUCGGACGUUCACACCUUGACCACCGAUACCUUCAAGGACUUCGUCAAGGAGCACGACCUUGUUCUGGCCGAGUUCUACGCUCCCUGGUGCGGUCACUGCAAGGCUCUGGCUCCCAAGUAUGAGGAGGCUGCCACCGAGCUGAAGAGCAAGAACAUUCCCUUGGUCAAGGUGGACUGCACCGAGGAGGAGGAGCUCUGCCGCGACUACGAUGUCGACGGAUACCCGACCCUGAAGGUCUUCCGCGGCGCUGAGGACCCCAAGCCUUACGGUGGUGCCCGUCAAACGGAUUCCAUCGUUUCCUACAUGACCAAGCAGUCCAUGCCCGCCGUUUCCGACGUCACUGAGGACAACCUGGAGGAAUUCAAGACCCUGGACAAGAUCGUCAUCAUCGGCUACGUCGGUUCGGACGACAAGACCGCCGACAAGAGCUUCGCCGACUUCGCCGAGUCUCAGCGCGACAACUACCUCUUCGGUGUCUCCCACGACGCCGCCAUCGCCAAGGCCGAGGGUGCCAAGCAGCCCUCCAUCGUCCUCUACAAGGACUUCGACGAGAAGAAGGCUGUCUACGACGGCAAGCUCGACGAGGAGUCCCUCCUCAAGUGGGUGAAGACCGCCAGCACUCCCCUGGUCGGUGAGCUCGGUCCCGAGACCUACUCCAAGUACAUGGCCGCCGGACUUCCCCUGGCCUACAUCUUCGCCGAGACCGCUGAGGAGCGCGAGAAGUUCGCAGAGGACUUCCGUCCCAUUGCCGAGAAGCACCGCGGCGAGAUCAACAUCGUCACCCUGGACGCUAAGCUCUUCGGCGCCCACGCCAGCAACCUGAACCUCGAGCCGGAGACUUUCCCCGCCUUCGCCAUCCAGGAGACCAAAAAGAACGCCAAGUACCCCUACGACCAGACCAAGAAGAUCGACGCCAAGGAAGUCGGCAAGUUCAUCAAGAACGUCCUGGCCGGCAAGGUCGAGGCUAGCAUCAAGUCCGAGCCCAUCCCCGAGACCCAAGAGGGUUCCGUGACCGUCAUCGUCGGCAAGAACUACCAAGAAGUCGUCCUGGACAACGAGAAGGACGUCCUGGUCGAGUUCUACGCCCCCUGGUGCGGACACUGCAAGGCCCUGGCACCCAAGUACGACGAGCUCGCCGCUCUGUACGCCGACGUGCCCGAAUUCAAGGAGAAGGUCGUUGUCGCCAAGGUUGACGCUACUGCCAACGAUGUGCCUGACUCCAUCACCGGAUUCCCCACCAUCAAGCUUUUCCCCGCUGGCAAGAAGGACGAGCCUGUUGAGUACAACGGUUCUCGUACCGUUGAGGACCUUGUUACCUUCAUCAAGGAGAAUGGCAAGUACGAGAUUGACGGUUUCCAGGGGGGCGCUAAGAAGGCCCAGGAGGGUGGUGAUGUUACUUCCUCGGCUGCUCAGGCUGCUGAGACUCCUGCUGAGGAGGAGGGUCAUGAUGAGCUGUAA